UUAGUAGUGUGGAUACUGGGUAUUUGGGGAAUUUAAUUUCUGUUAGUAAUGACUGAUGACUUCAAUAUUAUUUCAGUUUUGUUUAAUCAUACAAUUGUCUUAUGAAAUUUGUAACUGGAGAGGCUCCCCAAGUGACACGUCUCUGAUGGCAAAAUUAGACCUACAGCAUGCAUACCUUUCUUUUUUUGUCCUCCCUCCUGGAAAUUUGCUGUAGAAUAGCUUUUCGCUGACUUCAAUGUGGUCUUACAAAGAUAAGCUGUUGAUGAGAGAAAUUAUGGAUCAUUGAAUUACUCUGGUAUGCAAGACCACUUUCCAGCUCUUCCACAUACCUUGUGUGUCACCUUGAGCACAUAUUUUAUUGGCCUUAAUAAUGGGGGUGUUUAGAUUCACAACUUAACUGCCAUUGUUUAUAGCGUCCUUAUAGGACUUUAAGAUAGAUUGAAAAUUAACAUCUUACUGUUUUUUAAGUAUGUCUGACAUGUAACAAGACUGGUGAUAAAGUGAACCCGUUUUUAGAAGCUCUGAUAUUGAAAUUACCAUCUUAUAAAAAAACAAUAGACGGGUCCUGUGGCAUGUAAAUGUUGCAGUAGCUUUGCUUGUCUUUGGUCAGAACUGUGUAUUUGUAUGUUUGGGAGCUGGAGAUUAUAUUUUUACUAGCCCACAGGUGGAGGCACAUGAUUGAUUCAAAUCAACAAUAAAUUCUUUUAAAUCUCGAGCUUAUAGAAUUAACCACAUUAAAUCUACUAUGAAGAAACAAUUCACUGUGUGAGGUAGGAUGUAAUUGCAGGUUUUGUAACAAUCCCAUGAGCGUGGUGGUAGUGCUACAGUUUUUUUCAGCGUUGCUGCAUCUACAUUUGUCCUUUGGCAUUAGAAGCAAUGCUGAGUUUCACACCAGUGAAAACUUGAUCUAGAAGACCCUUAGCCACCUGUUUCUUUUAUACUUAGGAUUUUAAUGGGCUGGUCCUUCAGAGUGUAGUUAUUUCUUUUGAGCAAAUGGCAUCCUUCAGUAGCGAAGAUGCAUUUCAAGAUUCAGCAGCCGUCUCCCUAAACGAUUUAGAAAACCUGCACAACUUCCGCAGCCGUUCGGCAAGUUUCAGCAGCACAGGGUCCAGUGGCCGCUUGCAACUCCGCCAACGAGUAGCCCAGCUCAUGGCUUGUGUAGAGGACAUCAGCUCGGAUGAUGAGAUUCAUGAAGAAGUUUCUCGCACUCUAGAUGAAGCUUUCCUUAUCUGGGGGAAAAAGCUGAAGGAUAAGUGGCAAGAAUUCAGACUACACAUAGUUACCUGGAAUGUGGGCACAGCUUCUCCACCUCCUGAUGUCAGUAGUUUACUUCAGCUCAAUUCAGUGGGACCAACUGUGGACAUGUAUGUUAUAGGCUUACAGGAGGUGAACUCCAGAAUCACAAACUUUCUGUCUGACUUGGCAUUUGAUGAUCCAUGGAGCAUUUUUUUCAUGACUGUAUUGGCUCCCUUGGGAUAUAUCAAGCUCUCGUCCGUUCGCAUGCAGGGGUUACUGCUGCUGAUCUUUGUGAAGCACGUCCACCUUCCCUUCAUACGAGACAUUCACACCCAGUACACGCGCACAGGCCUCUAUGGAUACUGGGGGAACAAAGGAGGAGUCACUGUUCGCAUGUCCCUCUACGGUCAUACAAUGUGUUUCAUGAACUGCCACUUGCCUGCUCACAUGGAGAACGCAGAACAGCGAGUGGAUGACUUUGAGAAAAUUCUGGAAAUGCAGUUUGAAGGAGAGAAUAUUCCAAGUACCUUGGAUCAUGAUGUUCUCUUCUGGUUUGGAGAUCUAAAUUUCCGAAUAGCAGAUUAUGGGAUUCAUUUUGUCCGAGAAUCAAUAAAUAACAAACGUUACAAUCUCUUGUGGGAAAAGGACCAGUUAAACAUGGCAAAAAAGGAGGAAGCAUUUCUUCAGGAAUUCAUAGAGGGUCCUCUGCAGUUUAAACCCACCUACAAGUUUGACCUUUAUUCAGAUGUGUAUGAUACAAGAGAACAGAAGUCCCUGUUUUGGUUUAAUGAGAAGAAAAGAAAGCCAGCAUGGACUGAUAGAAUUCUUUGGAGGGUGAAAAAUCUCUGCAAGCAUGCAGCAAAAGAAGGCGAAUUCUCUGAAGAAGAACAGACGAUUUCUGUUACUUUGAAUAAUUAUAUCAGUCACAUGAGCUAUGGCAUCAGUGAUCACAAACCUGUUACAGGAACUUUUGGGCUUGAGUUGAAGCCCCUUGUGUCAAAUCCUUUGGUCACGCUGCAUCCGGAGGGUGAGUGGAGCACAGAACAUGAUGUUCUAAUCAGCUAUUCUGCAGUGCCUGAAUUCCAAAGCAGUGCUUGGGACUGGAUUGGACUCUUCAAGGUGGCUUUCAGGCAUGUGAACGACUAUGUUACGUAUGCUUGGGUAGAAGAUGAUGAAAUUUCUUCUAACGAAGACAGUAAACAAGUUUACAUGAGUGCUGCAGAAAUACCUGAUAUGGGAGGAGAAUUUUUGCUUUGUUAUUACAGCAAAAAUUUGCAGUCAAUAGUUGGUAUCAGCCAGCCUUUUCAGAUUCAGCCUAACAGAACAUUAAUAGAAAAGGAUCUGACGCAGGAAGACAACAGUUGGAUGCAGACACCUGACAAUCUGGAAACACAUAAUGAGUUCUGAAGGCAGAAAGGGCAUUUAGUGGUCCUAAGUCAGGAGUCAGAUGAUCCUUUAUGUCUUAGUGAUUAUAAGCUUUUACUCUUAGAAGAUGGAGUAAGACAGUGCAAGUAAGACAGGUAGGAUUGUUCAGAAACUUUGUAAGCUCAUAGAAGAUAAUUUAUUGUGGAAACAGAUAUUUUUAUUCUUAUGGAGAGAGAAACUCUCUUGCACUGGAUGAGAACUGUAAAAAUAGCAUUUAAUGAAUGGUGUAUGUUUUAAGGUGAUAGACAUUUCUAAUGCAAUGAUGUAACGUAAGCUGCGAUCUGCAAUAGAUUUUUAGGAUUGCUUCUUUUUUUUUGUAGAGGAUAUUUUAUUUACAAUACUAUAUUUACUAUACUGUAGCCACUUAGUCACUGAUUUCCAAAUUUUGAGUUUAAAUGAAGUUAUUUUAAAAAGUAUUUAUUAGAUAUAGCUAUUUAUCCUUUUUUAAAAUUGUAUUUGACUUUCAAAUCAUAGAAUCAUUCUGGUUGGAAGAGACCCUCAAGAUCAUUGAGUCCAGUUAUUAACCUGACUCUGGCACUAAACCAUGUCCCUAAGAACCUAAUUACCUUUUGGAAAACACAUGUGGCAACAAGUCACAUUAAAACAAAAUCUUAGGAGCAUGUAUAUAUUUCCUUUGGUAGUAGACCCUUUUCUUCAUGCCUUACUGAUAACCAUUUGGAGGAUUUUUCAUUUCUGACUUUUCCAGAUUGAGAUACAUUUAGUAAACCACAUUUUUCCUGAUUUUUAAAAUUUAUUCUUCUUUUAUAAAACAGUUUAGCAAUUUGCCUAUUGUGUUUCUCCCUCUGAUUUUAAAAAGGUAAAAUAAAAACACUUGUAUAGUAGUCCCUGGCUCAGAGUUAAUGAGCAUCCCACAAUUUCUGAAGUAAAUUGCUUAAUUUGAGAAAUGCUUUAGCAUAGGUGAGCAGACCAUGGUUCAUGAAGCACUUGUUGAAAAUGAGCUAAUGAUCAUGGUGCUAAUCCAGAUUGCUUUCUGUUGUUGUAUUGAAUUUGGAAAACUAAACCCAAAUUUAAGUACUUCCCUGAUACCAUCCUGUCACAUAAUUGCUACACUUAAUACAGAGACGAUAUGUAUUAUAAAUGGGGAAUUUCAGUGCAACAGAUUCUUUCUUAUGGCAGAACCUGUGCUAUCAAAAUUGUAAAUCUCUUCCAUUUAUAGCAAUUGGUCAGCAGAAUUUCUGGUUUUCUAGAGGUGCUUAGACCUUAAUGUAUCCUGUGCACUUGAGGGUGGAAAUAGGAUAAAAGAAACAUGAUGUACCUUGAAAAACCUGAAAGGUAGUUAGCUUCAGAAAUGGUUUUGUUUCUUGAGGAAAUGGAGAUGUUUGGAAAAGAUGGGAAGAGGCACCAGCAUUCCUCAGAAUCCCAGACUGCAGUGCCAGAAAAGCGCAGUCGUAAGUCUCCCGUGCUCUAGACACACAGCUGUGAGCUCCCUACUGUGUGUGGUAAGUAAAGUUAGUUACUCAUCACUGGAAUGUUGGUUAUGGAUAGAAAAGAGAAAAUUUGAUUUAGGUGGAAGAGCAAAGCAAAGGAUGUUGGUGUGUUUAUGCUGGAAUAUCGCUUCAGAACUGAGUGGCUUCUUUUUUUGCUCUUUUUCUCAAAGUCUUAGUUUUUUUCAGAAUUCUUUUGAGAUAGAAAGUUAACACCUUGAUAUGUCAUUUGUUUUGCAGUUAUUUGCUUAUAUCAGUCACUGUAUAAAAUCUUCUGGGGUCCAGGCAUCUUUGUAUACUGUGGAAAUGAUAACAUAGGUUAACUGGUUAGAUAGUUGCCAUGUGGGUUUUAAGAACACUUAGCCUCUGUAGAGUUUAUUUAGUUGCAUCUCAGCUUAUUUUGGUGUUGGGAACUGUUUCCAGUCGUGAGUAGUGAGGGCAGGUUCGGAGGACACAGUGUUCAUUGCAUGGAUUAAAACCGCCUCAAGGUUUACAGUUUGUACAUUCCUAUUACAUUUGGAACAGUAUUAGAGAUAUUUUUCACAUUUGUAUUAGUCUUACAGAAUUUAUUUUGCACUAAAGCUUUCAGAUAGGUGACUUUUGCUGGCAAUUAGGACAUCAGACAAAUCCGUAUUCCAUUGCAAAGAGCCUGCAGUUCUUGAGUUGUACUCGGUUUCUGAUUUUACUCGUGUAACUAUUACCAUACUCCAUGCGGGGAGAUUCCGUGGGGAGCUCAAAGAACAGUGGCCUUUGAAUUCCAGACCACAGCUGGCGAUUUAUUGUGGACCAAGAUCCAGUUUCUUCUAAUCAGGGUGCAUCUGCUGUUCAUGAGCAGCUCAGAGGGGGAGCCAUACAGCCGCCUUACAUGGGCAAGAAACUCAAGAUCCUUAAUGUUGUGUGAGCUGAUAAACCCUCUCAAUCACGGGACAUAGAAGCUGCAUUUUGUAAACUAAUCCUUUGAACCAAGGACUUCACUGAAAAUGCCCACAGCAGCUGUGAUCGAAUCUGCUGGUGUGUUAGUAGGAUGCUGCACAGAACUGUACACUUAAGCAUUAUGCACACAGUAGCACUUUUGUUUACUACUGUUACCUAUGGUAGCUUUUCAGACUCUUCUUUGACUUGAAAUGAUGCAAUUUCUGAUGAAAUUUAUAUUUCUUAAAACACCUUUAAUUGGAUGUUAUAAUCACUGGAAAUGUUUUUAUACUCAUGUGUCUUCUUUUCAUGUACCACUAAAAUAAAUCCUGGCAGUGAAGUGUUCUA